UCAGCUGGUUUUCCAGGGCGCAGGCCCCUACCCCGAGGUGGAGGACGACCCUGGAGAGGCCUUUGAGUUUGAGGAUAGUGACGAUGACGAGGACACGAGCGCUGGCCUGGGUGUCCUGGGCGUCACUGCAGGGAAGGACGCAGACGCCUCGCUGAUCCACUUGGACGCCACCCCCCAAACUGACCCAGACCCAGCGGCCGUGCCCCCGACACAGGUGCUGCCCGCGGUGAGCAACGGGGAUGCCGGGGACGCGGCUUUCUCUGGGAUCCGGCGCGGCAGCUGGAAGCAGAAGAGCUCCCGCCGCUUCGACCGGUUCACGUUCCCCGCCCUCGAGGAAGAUGUGAUUUACGACGACGUCCCCUGUGAGAACCUGGACGCCCAUCAACCCGGGGCGGAGAGAAACCUGCUCUACGAGGAUGCGCACCUGGACGGGGCGCCCCGGGAGCCCGAGGACCUAGGCUGGAGCUCCAGCGAGUUUGAGAGCUACAGCGAGGACUCGGGGGAGGAGGCCAAGCCUGAGGCAGAGCCCGUCAAGCACCGCGUGUCCUUCCAGCCCAAGAUGACCCAGCUCAUGAAGGCCGCCAAGAGCGGGACCAAGGAUGGACUGGAGAAGACCAGGAUCGCUGUCAUGCGCAAAGUGUCCUUUCUGCACAGGAAAGACGUCCUCGGUGACUCGGAGGAGGAGGACAUGGGGCUCCUGGAGGUCAGCGUGACGGACAUCAAGCCCCCAGCCCCGGAGCUGGGCCCCAUGCCCGAGGGCCUGAGUCCUCAGCAGGUGGUGCGCAGGCACAUCCUCGGCUCCAUCGUGCAGAGCGAAGGCAGCUACGUGGAGUCUCUGAAGCGGGUGCUCCAGGAUUACCGCAACCCGCUGAUGGAGAUGGAGCCCAAGGCGCUGAGCCUGCGCAAAUGCCAGGUGGUGUUCUUCCGCGUCAGAGAGAUCCUGCACUGCCACUCCAUGUUCCAGAUCGCCCUGUCCUCCCGCGUGGCCGAGUGGGACGCCACCGAGAAGAUCGGCGACCUCUUCGUGGCUUCGUUCUCCAAGUCCAUGGUCUUGGACGUGUACAGCGACUACGUGAACAACUUCACCAACGCCAUGUCCAUCAUCAAGAAGGCCUGCCUCACCAAGCCCGCCUUCCUGGAGUUCCUCAAGCGGCGGCAGGUAUGCAGCCCAGACCGCGUCACGCUCUACGGGCUGAUGGUGAAGCCCAUCCAGAGGUUCCCGCAGUUCAUCCUCCUGCUUCAGGACAUGCUGAAGAACACCCCCAGGGGCCACCCCGACAGACUCUCGCUGCAGCUGGCCCUCACGGAGCUGGAGACGCUGGCCGAGAAGCUCAAUGAGCAGAAGCGGCUGGCCGACCAGGUGGCCGAGAUCCAGCAGCUGACCAAGAGUGUCAGUGACCGCAGCAGCCUCAACAAGCUGCUGACCUCAGGCCAGCGGCAGCUGCUCCUGUGUGAGACGCUGACGGAGACCGUGUACGGUGACCGCGGACAGCUGAUCAAGUCCAAGGAGCGCAGGGUCUUUCUGCUCAACGACAUGCUGGUCUGUGCCAACAUCAACUUCAGGCCUGCCAACCACAGGGGCCAGCUGGAGAUCAGCAGCCUGGUGCCCCUGGGGCCCAAGUACGUGGUGAAGUGGAACACGGCGCUGCCUCAGGUGCAGGUGGUGGAGGUGGGCCAGGAGGGCGGCUCCUACGACAAGGACAACGUGCUCAUCCAGCACGCCGGCGCCAAGAAGGCGGCGGCCACGGCCCAGGCCCAGAACAAGGUGUACUUCGGCCCGCCGCGCCUCUUCCAGGAGCUGCAGGACCUGCAGAAGGACCUGGCGGUGGUGGAGCAGAUCACCCUCCUCAUCAGCACCCUGCACGGGACCUACCAGAACCUGAACAUGACUGUGGCUCAAGACUGGUGCCUGGCCCUGCAGAGGCUCAUGCGGGUGAAGGAGGAGGAGAUCCACUCGGCCAACAAGUGCCGCCUCCGGCUCCUGCUCCCCGGGAAACCCGACAAGUCUGGCCGCCCCAUCAGCUUCAUGGUGGUCUUCAUCACCCCCAACCCCCUGAGCAAGAUCUCCUGGGUCAACAGGUUGCACUUGGCCAAGAUCGGACUCCGUGAUGUGCUGUCUCUGUCUCCGCAGCUUGGAGCCAUGGUCCACAGUCCUGUCAGCUACCCCCUGCUGGGCUUCUCAGCGGUCAGCACCUCCCUUCCUCAGGGCUACCUCUGGGUCGGGGGCGGCCAGGAGGGCGCAGGGGGCCAGGUGGAGAUCUUCUCCCUGAACCGGCCGUCGCCCCGCACGGUCAAGUCCUUCCCACUGGCGGCCGCUGUGCUGUGCAUGGAGUACAUUCCAGAGCCAGAGGAGGGGGAGAGUGGAGACGGAGCCAGAGAGGACAGCGGCCCUACUGCCGACCCCUCGGCUGCAGUGCACCCCACCAUCUGCCUGGGGCUCCAGGACGGCAGCAUCCUGGUAUACAGCAGCGUGGACACGGGCACCCAGUGCCUGGCGGCCUGCCGGAGCCCCGGCCUGCAGCCGGUGCUCGCGCUGCGGCACGGCCCCCUCCACCUGUUUGCCGGCCUGCAGGACGGGACCCUCGCCGCCUACCCCCGGAGCAGCGGAGGCGUCCCCUGGGACCUGGAGAGCGCCCCAAUGUGCCUGACGGUGGGGCCUGGGCCCAUUCGCACCCUGCUGAGCCUGGAGGAUGCUGUAUGGGCCAGCUGUGGGGCCCGGGUCACCGUCCUGGAUGCCACCAGCCUGCAGACUCAGCAAAGCUUCGAGGCGCACCAGGAUGAGGCCGUGAGCGUGACGCACAUGGUGAAGGCGGGCAGCGGCGUCUGGAUGGCCUUCUCCUCCGGCUCCUCCAUCCGCCUCUUCCACACCGAGACGCUGGAGCAUCUGCAGGAGAUCAACAUCGCCACCAGGACCACCUUCCUCCUGCCAGGCCAGAAGCACCUGUGUGUCACCAGCCUCCUCAUCUGCCAGGGUCUGCUCUGGGUGGGCACCGACCAGGGAGUCAUCGUCCUGCUGCCCGUUCCCCGGCUGGAAGGCAUCCCCAAGAUCACAGGGAAGGGCAUGGUCUCACUCAACGGUCACUGCGGGCCCGUGGCCUUCCUGGCUGUGGCCUCCAGCAUCCUGGCCCCCGACAUCCUGCGGAGCGACCAGGAGGAGGCCGAGGGCCCGAGGGCCGAGGAGGACAAGCCGGACGGGCAGGCCCAGGAGCCGGCGCCCGCCGGCCACGUGGGCCGGGAGCUGACGCGCAAGAAGGGCAUCCUGCUGCAGUACCGCCUGCACUCCACGGCGCACCUGCCAGGCCCGCGGCUGUCCAUGCGGGAGCCCCCGCCCGCCGAGGGCGCGGCCCUGGAGCACAGCGAGGAGGACGGCUCCAUCUACGAGAUGGCCGACGACCCCGACGUCUGGGUGCGCAGCCGGCCCUGCACCCGCGACGCCCACCGCAAGGAGAUCUGCUCCGUGGCCAUCAUCUCGGGCGGGCAGGGCUACCGCAGCUUCGGCGGCGCCCCCGGGGGCGGCGGGCGGCCGGCGCCCUGCGGGGAGACGGACAGCGCCCUCCUUAUCUGGCAGGUGCCCUUGACGCUAUAGCCCUCGCCCGGGGCACGCAGCUCCGGCCGUGCCCGACUCCCGGCCUGCUGGGGUCCCUGCUGGCUGUCCGGGGCCCCCCAGAGAGUGCUGGGGACAGAGCCUUCCAGGGACCGGCCCGGGGGCCGCGGGCUGGCCUGGAUUCUCCAGGCACUACCUGGGCAAAGCAGAGAACCUCUUCCUUAAGGAGUCUCAGACUGGUCUGGGGAGGGGUUUGCCUUGGGGAGAGGGAGAAAAGGGCCUUCUUUUCAAAGCAAAAAAUAAUAAUAAUAACAGAAACCUCACAAAUGCCUGGCCAGCCCGGGGCCGCCGCUGGGCAGCAGGGCUCAGGCCGCCCGGGCCCUCCUGGGAGAGCGUGGCCGUGUGCGAGAGUGCGUGGCUGGCGCCACUGUGAAUAUAUAUAUAUAAAUACCUAUACAUGAUGUAUAUUAUCUGUGUAUAAAUAAAGUCUGUACAUAUUGGAGCUCGGGGAGAUGCUGGAAUAAAAAAGCAGGAGUCACGUCA